UGGUUCCUAAAUUCUAGUUCCAUAAUGAUGUCCCCAGCCUCCCUAAAGCCCCAUGAGGGGUACAACGCUCAAGACAUGAACUUUGGACGUUUGUUCAAGGCUUCCACACAGACCAGCAAGCGACUCUUGAAGGAAGUGUUUGUGAUCAUGAUGAACAGAUCCCACGUGAGUGCCACAGACAAGUAUCCAAUAACCGUAGCUGACUACUGCUUCAAUGUCCUCCUGUGGUCCAAUGCCAAGUAUCGGGAAAAUUUCAAUGCUGAGGAAAGACUGCUAAUGGAGCAAGAUCUGUCCUCAGCAGAUUUUGAUGUUUCUCUCCUCACCAAGAUGAUCCAUAAGCUGUUUUCGAGCAUGAACCUUCCUGAAUCCUACUCAAGGGCGAUACGAGACCUAAAGAAUGUCCGAAACAGAAUGUGUCAUAAUCAUCUGGAGAUGGACCAUGCAGAGCUCAUUGCUAACUUUGACGACCUCAAAAUGUUUUUUGGUAAUCUCUUAAAAGAAGCUGCAGAUUUUUUCAGCAUUGAAAUAGAAGACCUGCAUAAUAUUUUCCAGAGUGAAGCAGAUGGGAUCUUGCACUCACCUACAACGACAGAGGCUUCCAGUUACUUUAAUAAUCUGGAACAAUUUCGAGGUGAUCUUGUCGGUCGGUUCAUCAUAAAGUCGAGGCCGGAGGUGAUGGAACAAUACUCUAAACUGAAGAGUUUAAAUCCCUUUACCUGGCUGAGUGAUGAACAGUUUCCAGACCUUCUGGUGGAUAAGAUCUUCACUCCUCUCCAAAUUAAUGAACAGAGCAGAAUUAUUGAAGUGGAUUCGCUUCUUGCUACAAAAUUGGUGAGUCUUGAAACACAGGAGACUUCAGGAAUACUCCCAUCUGUCCUGGUCCUCUCUGGCAUAGCAGGCUGUGGCAAGACGUCCCUCUGCCGGUACGUGCUACACAACUGGAGAGCCAGACUUGGUGUUAUCACUGCACUUAGAGCCAUCGACCUCAUCAUCCAUAUUGAACUCAGGAAUGUGACGUGUAACACACUCGUAUCACAUCUGCGAAGAAGUUUGCUCAGCAAAACUUGCAAGAGUUUCGAAGAAAAAGACAUCAUUGAAAUCUUGCAGGAAAUUAACGUCUUGUUUAUUAUUGAUGGGAUGGAUGAGGCGACGACAGAUGGCAGGCAGCUGGUAAAUGAGGUGCUGUCAGUAAUUGGUAAUUCCCGGGUUAUCAUAACUACUCGUCCCGAGUUCACCUUGAGUGUUGUUCAAGUAGCAGAGAGGUACCAUCUCUCCCACAUGGAACUCUACGUUCACGGCUUUUCUGAGCAAGGAAUGACCAAGUUUACGUCAAAGGUCUUCUCUUCUCUUGAAGCAAACGAGAAGAAACGUCGCCAGCAGGAGUGUGGGUUUCUGAAGAUGCUGCAGACAAGUGGCAAAAAUCUUGGGGACCACCUCAAGCUGCCUCUUACGCUGGCGAUGCUCAUCUGCCUCUGGCGAGAUGACGAAGCCAGACUGUCUCACGUUACUUCUGCAACAAGACUUUAUUAUGAGAUUUUCAGGAUGUGCACCUCGAAGAUGAUCUCCCGGCUUCAGGCAAGAACGUCGCUCCACCCCAUGGAGUUGGAGGCCUUCGCGGAGGAGUGGCUAAUGAAGUUAGGAAAAGAAGCAUUCGAGAUGCUGGAUAAUCGUGAAUUUCUUAUAAGUCAUGACAGACGUAGAGUUCUUGCCUCCUUCUGUUCUGAGCGCCAUAUUGACAGCAUUCAGGUUUUUUCAGCAUUUCUUGUGUGUGAAGUAAAUAAUAGCAUGAAGGGAACACAGUACCACUUUAGCUUUAUACACAAAAGCCAAAUGGAGUAUUUAGCUGCGUUCUAUCUUGCUAGAGAGUUAAAGUUGAAGGGAGAAUCUUCAGUUCAAAAUAUCUCCAUUUGGAUGGAAAAUUUGAUGAUAGACAACACAGGCAGGACAGAAAACAAAAUAUUACAAAUAUCCCCAAGCAAAUUGUUAUCAAUGAAAGUAAAUAAAUGGUUGAACACCCAUGCCUUUAUUGUAGGCCAUCUAUGUAUGAUGAACGCCUCAGAUUUGGUUCAAGAAUUUGUUAAAAGUUUGUUCCAGUUGCGCCUACGUACCUUCGGCCCAUCGUCACUCUGGCAGAUUGUUUUGGAGUCCGACCUACAUCCUGGGGUCUGCAAGAUGAUUGACACUGUGUCAGACAAUACAUUCAUAUGGUAUCCAUAUACUGAAGAGCUAUGUUAUCCAGGACAUCCAGUUUACCUAUUGCUUAAACAUACAAAUUUCAAACUUCAUGGAGUUAAUAUUAGGAUCCAUGGCAGCGUUAAUUCCGUCAGUGUCUUGGAAGAGAAUGGACUCGUUGUCAUGAAGAGCUACGAAAACUUGGUGCCCCUCCUUUCAUAUCUCGCCAGCCAGCCAUCCACCAAGGUCGCCCUGAGACUGGACCAACAGUACUACAGCUGGGGCGACCCAGAAACUGCCGACGACCUUCUGACAACUCUUCUCCCAAAAGGAAACCUCACAGCAGUUAUGUGUCAUCUGGGAGCUCUUGGUGCUGCUGCUUUGGCCUCUGUCAGGAAGAUUGGCGAAGUUUGUAUCAGGGUGUCUGAUCUCUCAACUCUGAUUGUUGUAAGAAACUCUUUGUCUACCAUCAGAAGAAAUGUGGAUCAUGUGACACUGCGCCUAGACAUUCCACCAACAGUGUUGCCAUCGUCCCUGCCGACCUUCAAGCAGCCUCUGGAGCUAAGCAUCAUCCUGAGAGAAGUGGACGAUUCCCAUGUUGAUUGGGCCAGUGAAGCCAUAACUCGCCUCAGCACAUCUUACAAGGAGAUUGACCUUGUAGCAUCUCGUCUCACACCCUCAGGAGGAGAGGCAUUCCUCAAGGCGCUAAGCGAUAAACAAGUGAAUAUCUUGGAUCAACUAACGAUACGCUCCACUCACAGGCUUGAGGAGAGUCACUACCAGGAAAUGUCUCAAAUGAUCCAGUGUCACUUUUCUUGGUGGUACUGAGGAUCUCACAGAACACGUAGUACUAUUGUUGUUCCAUCUCUAAAAAUGUGACAACAUUUUUAUAGAUGGAUGUGAAUGUCCAUAGUACUGUGGUACUACUGGUGCCUUAUCUAUAAAAAUUGGGAUACAGAAGUACUAUUUGAGGGGAGUAAACAAUAUAAAUCAUCAAAUUAAAUAAUACUUGAACAAGGUAUAAUAAAUACAGCAAAAAAGUGUUUAGUUUCAUUAUCAGGGUUUUUAGCACAUUCUGUGAGAAGUUGAUAAACAGAAAUAUAAUCUGUAAACAUAAUUCCAAAACUGGGGAUGGUGCAUGUACCUCGCAAUAUUAGUUACAUUAGAGAUCCUGCAAACACAUCAUUACCAGGUGUUAACACUAACACAAGAGAUGUUAGGGGCCUGACUUCUGAGUGGACAGCACUUCAGAUUCAUAGUCCUGAGGUUCCGGGUUCGAUCCCCAGUAAAGGCGGAAACAAACGGGCAGAGUUUCUUU